AGCUCUUUAAUCCGCCGAAAAACCCAGCAAAGAAAAAAAUAACUCAAACUACCGCUGCUGCUUGUUUAUAUCAGUUGUAUUUUAAUGUGAUUUUCUCUUUAGUGUUUUAUUACUUGUAACAGAAGCCUUUGCCGGUGUUUUCAUCUGGACGAUUUAAAUCAUUUACUAUUUCAGUAGAAACGAUAAGAAUUCGGGAAAUAUUGUUUAAUUUCUGACCUGUGAUCUUCAUUAAUGUUAUUGAAGAUGUUGAUGUUAAGAGAUGAGAUGGAUGUGAUGUGCUGUAAAUCAGUAGGAACUGAUCUGUCCAUGCUGGAUAUUGAUGAUUUCAUCACAGAAAUCUCUCAGCUGAAGAAAGAGGUGGCGUUACUGGAGACAAAACUGAGAUUAAGAGGAGAUGAAGGACUGAUGAGAGAGGAUGUGGAUGUGGUUUGUUGUGAAUCUUCAGUGUAUGUGACUGAUACCACACCACAGCCGCUGCUGGACUCUAAACUCUCUGAAGAGACAUCCAGACACACACAGGACUCAGAUCUCAGUCUGACUUUACUCUGUUAUACUGAGUCAAAGCUCACAGACACUCAGGACACUACAGUGUGUGACAGUAAUCAGGGCUUACAGGAUGAUCAAACCUCCACAGAGUCUCUGGAUUCUGUCUGUAACGCUGGAGAACAGCAGCAGAUCCUGCAGACCAAACUGAAGAUGUGUUCAGUCAAACUCAUCGACUGCAGGAACCUGAUAGAGAUGAGAAGAGAAACCACAGAGGAGGAACAUCACACUGAUGAAGAUGAUGAUUUUAAUCCUUUAGAUAAUAACAGUGAUUCAUGUUCUGAUGAAGAAACAAAACAGCGACCGACAGCACAAACUUUUUCCUGCAUCACUUGUGGAAAGACAUUCAGCUCACGGGGACAUUUAGCGAGACAUGAGAGAAAACACACAGAGAAGAAAUUCUUCACCUGUAGGAGAUGUAAGAUCAAAUUUCCUUCUCUACAUGAGAGGAAUCUUCAUUCAAAAGAGCACAAGAAGCAGUUUCACUGUGAACAGUGUGGGAAAAGUUUUUUCAUCUUAUCUCUGCUGAAAAUUCACAUGGAGACACACAGUGAUGAAAAACCUUUUCACUGCAGUGAAUGUGACAAAUAUUAUAAAACCAAAGCAAAUCUUGUUCUUCAUAAGAGAAUUCACACAGGAGAAAAACUGCUCGAGUGUCCUCACUGUGAGAAAAAAUUCACCCACAAAUCUCAUCUGAGGUAUCAUAUGUUAUUACACAGUGAUGAGAGACCGUAUCAGUGCAGUCAAUGUGUAAAAACCUUUAAGAGACCAUGCUAUUUAAGGAAUCACCAAAAAACACACACUGAUGAGAGACCCUUUCAAUGUUCACACUGUGAUAUGCGUUUUUAUACGAAAGCUACUCUAGAAUCUCAUGAAAGAAUUCACACUGGAGAUAAACCUUACCUCUGCUGUCAAUGUGGAAAGAGAUUUACUCAUAUAAGAACUCUUACACAUCAUCUGAGAAUUCACACUGGAGAAAAACCUUAUAGCUGUAAUGUUUGUGGGAGGAGUUUUAAUAAAAAAAAUAAUUUAGUACAGCACCAGACGAUUCAUACUGGAGAACGAGCUUACAAAUGCUCUCAGUGUGAGAAGACGUUUAAUCGAUCAGAUAUCCUGAAGACCCAUCAGAGAGUUCACACUGGAGAGAAACCUUACAAGUGCUCAAUCUGUGGAGAGAGAUUCGCUUAUUUAGGAAGUUUACAGAGUCAUCAGAAGAAACAUGCUGAAGAAGAAACAUAUUAUGAGAAUAAAAUGUAAAAAAAAAAAGUACAACAUGCACGUUGGCUGGAAAGCUUACAUUUGACCUCAGUGUUAAUUUUUGUCAGAGCAUCUGUUGCAUUAAAGGAGGUUUAUAUCAGACUAUGCCAUGGUAAUAUAUGGGGUAUUGUGUCAUCCCAUGCUGGGAAAAAAUACACAUAUGCAUUAUUACCAAAACUCGAUAUAAAUGAUAUGCCCAGCUCUAAACUCAUCGUUCUUUUAUUCCUGUGGUCUUGUGAAAUUCAUUUUCUAUAAAGGUUAAUAUUAGUUUAAUUCGGACGGUGAGGAUCUUCGACUGCAAGAGUCAUUUAUUCUCAUGUAUGAAUAAAAAUGAAUGUUUUGAA